CAACGUGCCCUGGGUGGGCAUUGGGCAGUUGUAUUUGUAAAUGGCGGUGAAGCCGCCAUUCGUUCCUUCGCUCGAAUCGAACCGAAUCUCGAUUGACGAGCAACAGUUUCUUCUUUUUGCCGCACUGGAGGCUCUGCACAGCGGUGCAUGCAGCCCCAGACCGUCGGGCCCAGGUCGAUCUUACCAGGCCCCCAAAUGCCAAGCCCCUCCGCUGGCCCUGUGUUGACAAUGCUCUUGGGAGAGUGCACAGUGCUGUCUUCCACAAACUCCACGGAUUCGAAGGAUCCCUCUGCCCAUCGGCCGACCAAGCUCCUGCCGUUCUACCGGGUUGCCCGAUGCCGACCCAACAGAUGCCAACCCACACACCCGGCACGGAACACUUUUCGGGGCAUGGCACGACACCGGAGCCGGAGGUGUCCGUGCUUUUACAAGCAUGGGAGAGAUAUGCUUUUCGCAACCCAAGUUGGAGGCUUGCUUCGUUUGGCCGCAGUUCUUUCUACCUGUCCCGGACGGCACCAGGGCACGUCUUGUGACGGGCCAUACACAAGAAGAGACCAUACUCGGGUAUAUUCGCAAAUACCUUCUGUGUUUCUUGCCCCGGACCUCAUCUCCGAGAUCAACAUUGGAAGAUGUAUCGAACAACGUCCAGUCAUGGAGAAACCACUCUUCAGCCCGCCGCUAGAGAGCUGGCCUUUCGCUCAAGAAAUGCUCUUGUUUAGCUGGCAAGACUCUAUAUACCCUUCUGCCUUCGUUCGUGCUAACUCGUCUCAAGAGCAGAGCCCAAUAGCAAGCCUGAGCAUAGACGAGCUGUCUUGCUGUACCUUCUACGGUGUCGAUCUGAGUAUCACAUGUUCCAGAGAGCGUUGUCUCCUCUGGUAAUCCAUGAACAUCGAGUCAUUACAAGGAAGCACUGCGGAGAGUAUUUCCCAUCGCUUCACUCUUCCUCAGAGCCC